AUGUCGUCAGCCAGGCUGAGUCUGAUCAAACUGAUUCAACGGGAAUAUUUUUCCGAAGAAAUCCACUCGGACAACACCAGGGUCAGACCAAAGAGCCUCCUAUACCAGUACAACCCAUUCAGGGACGAGGACGGUAUGCUCCGAUGCAGGACUCGAUUAGAAUUCGCUCCGGAUUCGUCGCGGGAGCAGAAAUUCCCGAUCAUUCUCCCAGCGGACCGUAAUCUCUCCAAGCUUAUUAUCAGAUACAUCCACGAGAAAAAAUGCCUACACUUCGGCGGCGUCUCCGGCCCUCUGCACAUCCUUAGGGAGGAGUUUCUCGUCAUUCACGCGAGAAAACUAGCGCGACAGGUCAUCUCUUCCUGCGCUACAUGCAAAAUUUUCCACGGCAAGGCCGCAAGCCUCCCAAUGGCUCCGUUACCAGCAUUCAGGCUGGAAACCACCCCACCAUUCCAUCACACAGGCUGUGAUUUCGCUGGGCCCAUAAAGUACAAAGAUGACGCGGGCGAAAAAGCGAAAAGUUACAUUCUCCUGUUUGUCUGCGCAGUCACGCGAGUGAUUCACCUCGAGCUUAAAUCCGACAUGUCAACCUCAGAGGUUCUUGGAGCUCUACAGAAAUUCGUGACCCGAUACCCGUCGGUGACCACGAUCACAUCAGACAACGGCUUAUCGUUCCAGAGGACAGCAAAGGAACUCAAGCUCCUUUACGAACACAUCAUCGACGGUGAAAUCAAGAAAUGGCUCGCAGACAAAUUCAUCAGAAGGAACUUCAUUACCCCGAACGCUCCUUCCCAUGGCGGUUUCUACGAGCGUCUCGUCCAAUCAGUCAAGCGUCCGUUGAGAAAAGUUCUCGGAACAUCGGUUCCCCAUUUUCGGGACCUCUAG